AUGCAGCCGCGCGCGGGGGCCGCCACGGACCCUAGGGGGAGCAGAGGAGGCCGGGGCCUUCCCCUGCGGGCGGGCCCCAGAGCCCGGCAGCUCCUGGCGCGGCUGGACGCGCGCCCCCUGGCGGCCCGAGCUGCGGCCGACGUGGCGGCGCUGGUGCGCAGGACGGGCGCCACAUUGCGCCUGCGCCCCAACGCGGCUGUUAGUGUGCUGGAUUCUGCGGACAUAGAGGUUACAGACAGUCGCCUGCCUAAUCCCACUUUCGUGGAACACCGGCCGCAGCAUCAUCGGUCAGAGACCUUGGGUACAGGUCCUGCGCCGCCCCAAGUGACCCAGGCUAAGGCACGUUCUGCUUCGAAGCCGCUCCAGACCUCUGGACGGUUCUGUGUGGAACUGGUUCGCGGUUCCACGGGCUUUGGCUUCACAUUAAGCGGAGGCCGAGAUUCAGCAGGGGAUGCUCCUCUGGCAGUGCGCGGGCUGCUGGAAAACGGGCCAGCACAGCGCUCUGGUCGCUUGCAGGCUGGGGACCUCGUGCUCCACAUCAAUGGAGAGUCAACUCAGGGCCUCACCCAUGCCCAGGUGGUGGAGCGCAUUCGCACGGGCGGCCCCCGUCUCCGCCUCGUACUAAGCAGGCCUCUUGAAACCCACCCCGGCCAACCUGAAGGGGUGGGAGGGCCCCAGAAAGGAGAUGGUCUGCCAUCCCCAGAUCGCAGCCCCGAUCCUGGUGGACCAGAGGUGAUGAGGUCUCGCAGCGUCAGUGCUUCCCCACUUCAGCACCCUCCAUCCGGUACAGCGGCCCGAACCCCGGGCAGCCCAGAGCCUAGCCCAGAGCCGCUGGCCGACUGCCCCGCGGUUUCUCCUCCUGAGCGCCGCACAGAGGACCCUGACGACCGAACCCCGGGUUCCCCGGGACCCUGGCUGGUGCCGAGUGAGGAACGGCUUUCGCGGGCCCUAGGGAUCCCAGGGGCCGCGCAGCUUGCUCUUGAGAUGGCAGCCGGGAGGCGGAGGCACUGAGCAGGUAUGGGACGGUCCGAUGCUCACUUGGUACUGCCCAGGCUGGAUCUGGUGUGCUCCGCCGACCGCACACUAGCAUCCCUGGGAGAGCUUCCACUUGGUCCUGCCCCACCCCCACUCCUGCUGCGCCGCGGACCAGCCCGCGCUCCCCCCGCGGUGUCAGUGGUACAGCCCUCCGGACGGGCCAGCCCUGCGCUUCUGGUUUUGAGUGGGGGAGGUAAUAAAAUGGUUUGACCCAG